AUGAUUUUACGGAUAUGGAUACUAGUUUUGUAUAUAUUUUUUAUUUUGCCCGAACAAAUUGAAGCGCAAGAAUAUUUUCAAAAAGAUGUUAUUGAGAGGUGAGUUUUUGAUUUUUGUGGAGGGAAACUUUAGGAAUUCAAAAAAAAUUUCGAAAUUGUCAAAAAAUGUUGAGAUCCAGAAUUUCAGCAUAAAUUUUUAUUGGAAAAUGUUUCUAAUUCCUGAUUUUGAAUCAUUCCGAUUAGCCCUGUCUAAUUUAUUAAUUUUUGAGAUAUCGCGAAAAAGUUCGUCGAAUGUUUUAUCAUGCUUACGAUGGAUAUUUGAAUCAUGCAUUUCCACUUGAUGAACUCAAACCAAUUUCAUGUACAGGUACCUUUAUUUUAUACCAAAAUUGUCGCAAUUAAAAAGUAUCCAUUUAGGACAAGAUACUUGGGGUUCUUUCUCAUUGUCAUUGGUUGAUUCACUUGAUACUCUUCUAAUUAUGGGAAAUCACACGGAAUUUCGUCGAGCAAUCGAAUUAGUCCUUCAAAAAGUUCGAGAUGAUGCAAAUGUGAAUGUGUCAGUUUUCGAGACAAAUAUUCGAGUUGUUGGCGGUCUUCUUUCUGCUCAUAUGUUAGCUGGAAAAUAUCGAGAAAUUGUUGAAGAAUGGCCUGGAUGGCCGUGUUCUGGUCCAUUACUUGAAUUAUCGAGAAAAAUGGCUGAUCGACUUAUGCCAGCAUUUAAUACUGAAACUGGAAUGCCUUAUGGAACUGUGAAUUUGAAAUAUGGAGUGCAUAAGGAAGAAACACCAAUUACGUGUACGGCAGGAGUUGGGACAUUUAUAAUUGAAUUUGGAACAUUAUCAAGAUUGACUGGAGAUGAAAAAUAUGAAAGAGUUGCGUUGAAAGCUUUGGAUGCAUUAUAUACUGCGAAAUCGCCGAUUGGAUUGGUUGGAAAUCAUAUCAAUGUUCAAACUGGUCAAUGGACUGCGACAGAUUCCGGAAUUGGAGCCGGAGUUGAUAGUUAUUUCGAAUAUCUUGCAAAAGGCGCAUAUUUAUUCAGAAGGCCAAGUCUUAUCAAACAAUUUGAAGAAUUUCACAAAUCAAUCAAUAAAUAUGUUAGAAAAGAUGAUUGGUUUAUGUGGGUCUCAAUGACGAAAGGUACUGUAUCUUUGCCGAUUUUUCAAUCGCUGGAAGCAUUUUGGCCUGGAACAUUGGUGAGGCUUUUUUUGUUUUUGUUGUUUUUAAUUAAGUAAAAAAAAUAUUAUUUCUUUAGACAAUGGUUGGAAAUAUUCGAGAUGCUCGUCGAAUUAUGAUGCAAUAUUCUGAAGUUAUUCGACAAUAUGGAUUUCCUCCCGAAUUUUAUAAUAUUCAUAAUUCUGAGCCAGUUGAUAAACGAGCUGCUUUUCCACUUCGACCUGAAAUUGCCGAAUCAUUGAUGUAUUUAUAUCGAGCAACAAAAGAUACAAUUUGGUUGGAAUUGGGAGCUGAAAUGAUUGAUGCAAUUGAAUCAUCGGCUAGAACAAAAUGUGGAUAUGCAACUAUUAAUAAUGUUAAAGAACAUAAUAUUGAAGAUCGGUUCGUUUUUUUGUUUUCAAGGGAAUAUUUGCUCCAAUGACAUAAUACAUUUUCAGAAUGGAAUCAUUCUUUUUGGCUGAAACAACUAAAUAUUUAUAUCUUCUAUUUGAUCCACAAAAUUGGAUUCAUUCAAGAGGAGAAAAUGCGAGAAUUUUGAAGACUGAGAAAAAUUUGACAUGCGCUAUUUAUGGUAGGUUAUUUAUUAUUUUCCUCCCAUAAUUUCUGAAAACUUACAGCUGGUGGAUAUAUUUUCAAUACAGAAGCUCAUCCAAUUGAUCCAGGAAUGUUGGAUUGUUGUAGUAUUCAGGCUGAAAAAGAGCAGAGUUCGUUGAAGAAAAUGAGAGAAAAUAUUGAUGUUAUUGAUGCUGAAAUGCUUUUUUCAACUAUAAAUGGAAAUAAGAAAUUGAAAAAGGUUAGUUUUUAAAAAUAUAAUAUUUUAUUGAUUUUUGGUUUCAGGAAGAACUUGUGGAUCAAUUUGAAAGUCAAAGACAAACAAUUGAAGGAGGCGCAAAAUAUUAUGAAAAUCAAUAUGGAAAAGAAAAUACUGAAAUUGGAUUUGAAGUUGAUUUGAAAUUGAAAAAAGAAUCUGAAAGGCGAAAAUUGAUUAGAAAAGAAAUAUCAGUGGAUAAAGCAAAAUCUAAAAUAACUGAAAUAUUGAUAAGAUCACAUAAAAAAGAUAUGGAAGCUGAAAAUGAAAAUGAUGCGAAAAAUGUAGAUAUUAUUGUUGGACAACUCAAAAAAUUAUAUCCAAAUAUGACUGCUGAAAUUGAUUUAAUGAAUGAGGAAGCAUUUGAGAGAACAUUAGAUAUUUUGAAAAAUGAAGAAAUUCGAGAAAUUGUUGAGAAACGACGAACUCCAAUGGUUUUUUGUGAGGUAAGAAAUUAUAAGUGAAAAACAAGUUUUUGAUUUUUCAAUAUUCAAUUUUUUUUCAGAAUUGUUGUUAUUUAUCUGAUGAUAAACCAGAUAAUAUUGAAUUGCAUUCGAUGAUAUCAGCUAUUUUCGAACAUCAUAUUUUCCCUUCGAAAAAUUUGAAAUUCGAAAUCGGACCGUUUUGUUGGAAUGAAGAAGCUCCGAAAAUUGAAGACAGUUAUAAAAAUGUACCACCAGGUUUGGUUGAAAAACAACAUUUGAUUCAGUUUGAAAAAAAAAUAAAUUCAACUUUUACAGUUCCUCAAAAAAUUGGAAGUUUUGAAGAUGAAUUUUUGGAAACUGAAGAUUUUCUCGAUUUUGAUCCAUCUGAAAUUGAACAUCUUGGUUUUCGUCGACUUCUUUCUUCUGGUUUAUCAUUUCUUGAUCAAUUCACAGCUGGACCACAUAUUGCUUUAAGAAAUAUUGAAAAGUAA